AUGAUAUUCGUAACUACCCUCUUUAUAUUCGUAUUUAUUCUAAUCCGCUUCGGAAGACGUCAAAACAACUCAGUCGCCUUCUUUCAUCCUUAUUGCGACGCUGGUGGAGGUGGAGAACGCGUUCUCUGGGAAGCUGUUACUGCUAUUUCGCAGAAAUAUUCAAACAAGCAAAUUUAUAUUUACACCGGAGAUGAAGCUUCUGGAAAGGAAAUUCUAAAAAGAGCAGAAGCACGAUUCAAUAUCAAGGUUGAAGAUGUUAUUUUUGUGCAUUUGAAGUAUCGAUGGUUAGUCGAAGCGGCUACUUGGCCAAGUUUCACGCUUGCUGGACAGAGUUUCGGGUCAAUUUUAUUGGCAUUCGAGGCGCUGCUUAAAGUGAACCCUGAAAUCGUCAUCGACUCGAUGGGCUACAGCUUUACCUACCCCCUCUUUUGGCUUUUCGGUUGCAAAGUUGGCUGCUACAUCCACUAUCCAACGAUUUCUACAGACAUGUUACAAAAGGUUUCGAAGCGAGAAGCAGAUUUUAACAACAGUGAAACGAUUGCCAAUAAUUCUGUCCUUUCAUCAGGAAAACUUCUCUAUUAUCAGUUGUUUUCGAAGCUUUACGCUUUCUGUGGAAAUCGAUCUUCUGUCGUCAUGACGAAUUCUUCAUGGACGCAAAAUCAUUUGGAUCAAAUUUGGACCAGGAAGUCGUCGAAAAUAUUUCCUCCUUGCGACGUGUCCGCUUUUACUAAAUUAGAGCUGGAAAAGAGGCGAAUUCCAUUUCAGAUUAUGUCUUUAGCCCAAUUUAGGCCAGAGAAAAAUCAUAAGCUCCAAGUUGAAGCGUUCAAGCUGUUGUACAAGAAUCCUGCUUUUUCGUCCGCCCGACUCAUCAUGGCAGGAGGAGUUCGUAACCCAGGCGAUCAAUCCCGCGUGGACGAACUAAACGACUUAAUAUCCGAAUACGGCCUAAGCGAUUCAAUCACCAUUGAGAAGAAUAUUUCUUUUGAACGAAUCAUCGAGUUAUUUGAGACUUCUUCCUGUGGCAUACACACGAUGAAGGAUGAGCAUUUCGGAAUUACGUGCGUGGACUUUCAAGCCUCCGGCACAAUCGCAGUGGGGCACAACUCGGCCGGUCCCAAAGAAGACAUUUUCGUCGAUUAUGACGGAGAAACGACUGGCUUUCUCGCCACUGACGCCAGGUCUUUCGCUGAUUCCAUGGAAAAGAUUCUUCUUCUUUCCAAAGAGAGACGACAUGAAAAUAUCAUGGCAGUGAGCAUGGAAGUCGAUCAGGUCCCUCCAACCCAGCAGCCUGAAGCAACCGCUACUCCAGUUUCAGUGCCUCCCGAAACAAAUCCCCAAGAAAAUGAUUCAAUCAAAGCAGAAGGGGAAAACAACAAUGAUUCCGCAGCACUGCCAAAGCCAAUCAUGGAAUCGAAAGACGAGCCCAUGGAGGUGAAAAUGGAAAAUAUGGAAAUUCAGGAGGACAAAGAUGAAAAGCCAGAAGUGAAAGUAGACAACCGAUCGGACAAUUGGCUUCCCGCCAAACGAAACGAUUUAGUCAAAGCUGGCUCUGGAUUGUUCCCUCGCGCUCGACAUGGGCACAGACUCGUCGCCAUCCGAGGAUUGAUACUUCUUUUCGGCGGUGGGGAUCGCGAAAUCCGGGAUGAUUUGAUGGUCUACUCCACAGAAAAUGGAAAUUGGUUCAAGCCAAGCUGCUCGGGUGACAUUCCUCCUGGAGUUGCAGCGCAUGGCAUGAUUGCGGAUGGCACGCGAAUUCUAAUUCAUGGUGGCAUGCUGGAAUAUGGUAAAAUGUCAAAUGAUCUCUACGAGCUUCAAGCGUCAAAGUGGGAAUGGAAAAAAUUAGAGCAGAAAGGACAAGCGGGCUCAGUUCCAUGCCCAAGAAUGGCGCACAGCUUCACGAAUCUGGGCUCAUCUGGAACAGUCGUUCUUUUCGGAGGAGUGACGAAUAAAUCCGAUUCUCCGGAGCGACUAUUUCGUCCGGAAUUCUUCAACGAUGUAUAUUAUCUCGCGCUCAAAGGCGGAACGGGCAUUUACAAUUGGAGCAAAGCGACCAUAGCUGGAACUCCUCCGUCUCCGAGGGAGAGCCACACUGCUUGCGUUUACAAGCCCGAAGGUCGUGCUCAAAUGGUCAUUAUUUAUGGAGGCAAAGAUGAGCGAAAACGCCUUGGCGAUAUCUUCUCUCUCGACACUGGAACCAACACUUGGACAGAGCUGAAACCUUUGGGUAACCCACCAUUGAUGCGCUCAAUGCACGCGUCUGUAAUGGUCAGUGAAACAAAAAUGGUCGUUCUUGGCGGACUCGUUAACAAAAACGACAAGUUCGAUCUGUUAAUGGACAACCACUGUCCCUCAGGAAAAGAUGUCUGGGAGCCAGACGACAGUGUCAGGAUAUUAGAUUUGGCUGCCGAUGAAUGUCUAGUCAGAACAUUUGUCCACUUAGGAAACCCAAGAAAGGGCGAACAACAGGACAAGCUCUCAUUCGCUAGAUAUGGCCUUCAAGCGGCCCUCGUUGGAUCACAAAUCUACAUCUUCGCUGGAAAGAAAAACGAUCGUGAAUGUGUCAAUGAUCUCGUUUUUCUUGAAACAAAGACCCCUCCGCGGCCCGUCAAUCUACGUCUUAUGAAAGCAACGAGCUUGGAAACUGAGAUCCACGUCGCCUGGAGCUCGAUCAAAACAGCGGAAAAGUAUUUAGUUCAAUGCUCUCCUGUAGAACCGAAAAAGGUAGAGAAGAAGGCUGAUAGCUCGGAAUCUAAAGAGGAAAGUGAAAAAGGAACUGAUGAAGUUAAAUCCGACGAUAAAAAGGAAGAAGAAGUGGAAAAGAGUAAGAUUCCAGCGAGUAAAAUUGAAUGGCACGAUGUACAGAUUCUCAAACACACAGGAGUUGGACCCACAGUCAGUUGCGAGAUACAACACUUCUACCAACAAGCAGCUGAAGGUGAAACGCUUUCAGAAGAUGAAAAGGCCUUUUUGGAUGCAGAGAAAACAUGGAAAAAGACAAAACUGUCGCCUGGAGUAACUUAUAGAGUGCGAGUAUGCGCGAUAAACUCCUGCGGUCGAUCUCAAUUCUCUGACUACGGCUCUUACAAAACAAGUACACCAGGAUUCCCUGGUGCUCCCUGGAACAUCAAAGUCUCGAAAACAGAAGCUGGCGCAUCUCUUGCUUGGCAACCUCCAGCGAACGCGGAUGUCAUCGAAUAUUCUGUGUAUCUUUCAGUGAAGAAAGAGUUUACCUCUAGUCCUGGUGCUGGAAAAUCAAAUUUCACAAGAGUGUACAUCGGGCAUGACGCUGCAUGUGUUGUCUCUCAUACUCUACUAUCGCAAGCCGCAACUAGUCAAAAUGAUGCUAACAAAGCUGCAGUUAUUUUCAGGAUAGCUGCGAAAAAUAAAAAGGGGUAUGGGCCAGCAACACAAGUUCGCUGGAUCCAAGACGCGAAAAUUAAACGCCCUGCUGGAUCAUCCAAACAUGGCGACGCGAAGAAAGCUAAAUAA